UUUAAAUAUAUUAAGCACUAUUUCAAUGUUCGGUUUUUAAGUUUUUCGAAAAACGAUGUUUAAAUCACUCCUGAAUAUUAACAAAUAUGUUUCAUGUGUGCCUAUAUAUUCCAAACGAAACACUUAUAUGUUGAAACAUGUUGAUCCCGAUAAACAUUUUUAUCAAAAAUGUAUGGAUAAAGAACCCAUAGAUCGUAAAAAAUAUGUAUAUGAACAACUUGAGGACAUAUCUCUAAAUCCAAGUGGUAAAUUAAAACUAAUAUUGACUACAACAGUUGAAGAACUAGGUGUAAGAGGUGACAUCAUCGAAGUUUGGAAGGAGAAAGCAUAUCUGGAUUUGUUGCCAUCAGGAUAUGCUGUUUAUGCUUCUCCUGAAAACCUUGAAAAUUUUAUGCAAGAAAAAAUAGAUGACAACAUGUCAAAAAAUGUUCAUUCAGCAUUUGCAUCUGGGGUUAUACGAAGACUGAAAGAAAUGAAGCUAAGAAUACUCAUGAAUGCUGACAAUGAUUGGACUCUUGAUUCUAAUCACAUAUCAAUUGCUUUCAGACAUGCCGGUAUAAUAGUUCCACCUGAAGCAAUCACCCUUCCUACCUUAAUCGAUAAUGACCAUCCACAAAGCAUUACAAAAAAUAACUGCUUACAAAAGAAUUUUAGGAUCGGCAUCACGGUUAACAAUAUCGAAACUAUCCAAGUUGACGCCUUUAUCGAACUUUAUAGUAAAAAUCCGCUCAGAAUGAAAGAGAUAUUAAAAAUGAAAGAACAAAUGUCCGAAAAUAGAGCUGUCUACAUCAAUCAUUGAAAAUUUAGGCAAAUUUAUAUAUAGCGAAGCCUAAGUGCAUAGGCGUACUCAGGGUGGGAUAUCCCUAGACCCACGCCGGCGCUCCGCCGAUUUUCAUAUUGGCGGCGCAGAAAUUUCUUUCAUAUUUCAUACCUUUUUAUUCUAAUAAUUCGUCAACAUCACUGUUGUAAUUUUUUUUAAUGUCAAUCAAGAUUUUGAUGAAUUAUUUUCUACUAUUUUAAAAUCAUAAUUAUAUUGACGUCAUUAUAGAAUU